CCAAGACAUCUCUGAGAACUUUAUCUUUAAAAAAAAAUUGAAAGUUGAGCAUGCAGAAUUCAAACAGUUCGACAUCAUCCACAAAAACCAUGCGUAGAGCAACAUCUGAACUGGAGCGCUCCGAUUCUGUCACGUCACCUAAGUUUGUGGGUCGGCGGCAAAGCUUGAUAGAAGACGCGAGGAAGGAGCGUGAGGCGGCGGCCGCCGCGGCAGAGGCCGCCGAGACGAACGAGCAGAUUGUAUUUGAGGAGGAGGAUGGCAAGGCCAUGCUCAACCUGUUCUUCACGCUGAGGAGUUCAAAGGGCCCCGCGCUGUCCCGUACGAUGAAGGUUUUCGAGACAUUUGAAGCCAGGAUGCACCAUCUUGAGACAAGACGGAAGCAUAAGGAUUGUCUGGAGGAUCUGGAAUACUUUGUGCGAUGUGAAGUUCAUCUAUCUGAUGUUAGCACACUUGUUAGUUCCCUGAAAAGGAUUGCAGAGGAUGUCAGAACUACUAAAGAGGUUAAAUUUCACUGGUUUCCAAAGAAAAUUGCAGAACUGGAUAAAUGCCAUCAUCUGGUCACUAAAUUUGAUCCAGACUUGGAUCAGGAUCACCCAGGUUUCACAGAUCCUGUGUACAGAAAACGGCGAAAGAUGAUAGGGGAUAUUGCCUUCAAAUACAAACAUGGUGAACCAAUCCCUAGAGUUGAGUAUACUGAAGAGGAAAUUGGAACAUGGAGAGAGGUCUACAGUACCCUUAGGAACCUGUACACCACUCAUGCAUGUAAUGAGCAUUUAGAGGCUUUUCAGCUGCUGGAGAAACACUGUGGCUACAGUCCCAACUGCAUCCCGCAGCUAGAGGAUGUCUCACACUUUUUGAAAGAGCGUACAGGGUUCCAGCUGAGACCAGUGGCUGGUCUUCUGUCAGCACGAGACUUUCUGGCCAGUCUGGCAUUCCGUGUGUUUCAGUGUACGCAGUACAUCCGGCAUGCCUCUUCCCCAAUGCACUCCCCAGAACCGGACUGUGUGCAUGAACUCCUUGGCCAUGUCCCUAUGUUAGCUGAUAAAGCAUUUGCUCAGUUUUCUCAGAACAUUGGUCUUGCCUCUCUUGGUGCAUCAGAGGAAGACAUCGAGAAACUGUCAACACUUUAUUGGUUCACAGUGGAGUUUGGACUCUGUAAGCAGGGAGACACAUUGAAAGCCUAUGGGGCAGGCCUCCUUUCCUCAUAUGGUGAGCUGGUGCAUGCUCUUUUAGAGGAAACAGAGAAACGUGAGUUUGAUCCAGAAACCGUAGCUGUGCAGCCAUACCAAGACCAGACUUACCAGUCCGUCUACUUUGUAUCUCAGAGCUUCUCUGAUGCUAAAGAAAAACUGAGACUCUAUUCUACGGGUAUCAAGAGGCCAUUUUCUGUGAGGUUUGACCCAUACACAAACAGCAUAGAAGUGCUGGACAACCCCUUAAAGAUCAAUAUAGUAUUGGAAUUGGUGAAAGAUGAACUAAAGAUCCUCACGGAUGCCUUGAAUGUGCUGGCAUGAGCUUCCCGGGUCAAGCCUCCCACUGCUCUGCCCCUGAGUGUUUACUGUGUACCAUUUUCCUUCUGUUUUGAUUCACAUACGUUUUGCUGCAAUUGAAGUUGUUGCUUCUAAGGUGGGACUUCUAACCACAAGACCUCAUGUUUGAAUUAGUUUCCAAAGAUUUAUUGAUCCAUUUUGUGCAAAAUGGAUCCCAAAAGAUAUUGCCCACUGUAACAAAGAUGUGAAAACUACUGAAUGCACAUUCUAUUUAUUAAAAAAUGAAUAAAGAUUAAAAAUGAACUAUAUGUAUAAGAAAGCCUGUGUAAACACACCUAAAUCUUCAUCUCUUCCAAUUAUGAAUGUAUCUUCUCAAUAUACGUAUACAGUGAGCAUAAGUGUAAAUAACUUGAAGUAUUCUUCUGAAGUCAGUGAACAUAUUUUAUUCUCAUGCAUUGUCAGAGGUUUUUCAAAUGUGAAUUUAUUGCUAUAUAACUGACAAAGCAAUGAAAUUUCUCUUUAAUUCUUAUGCUUUGGCUCUAAUUUGCAGGCGAAUGUGAAAAGUCAUGCUCCUUGCAUUGUGUCUGAUUCAA